AUGAGUACGAAUGCUUUUGAGAGCAGCGGCGGCUUCUCUGCUGCGGGUGGAGGCAGUGGGAGCAAUGAGCACCCCUCUCAGGGCGGCGCCCCUCCUGCUGCGAUGGCUCCGAGAUCCAGGGCUCGAAUCCGGGACAUUAUACCUUGUUGUGUAAACCAGCUGCUCACGGCCACUCUGGUCGACAAUGUUUUCAAGGUCAGGGGAAUAGAGGUUUCCCAGGUCUCCAUCGUGGGGCUCAUCAGGAGGGUGGACAGAGCUCCAUACUACAUUCUUUACAAGAUUGAUGAUAUGACCUCCAAGCCUAUCGACGCCCGCCACUGGCUCGGCAGAGACAGAGCGAAGCAGGAGCUGACUCCGUUUCCGGCGGGAGUAUAUGCCAAAGUGUUCGGUAUCCUCAGAGGUUCCGCCGAGGUGAAGAGCCUUGAGGUGUUGAAGGUCCGCAUCCUGGAAGACAUGAAUGAGUUCACCGCACAUAUUCUGGAAACGGUCAACGCGCACAUGAUCCUGGCUAAACGCCUCCAGGAGGCCCCUGGGCAGAAUGCACCUGUUGCUCCAUCCAAAGUGGAGGAGGUUGCGGAGUGCGGCGAGUCCAACCUCGACUUCAUCAGGAAGGAGGUGCUGCGCUUGAUCCACGAGUGUCCUCAACCGGAAGGCAAGAGCGUUCACGACCUCCAGACCGAGCUUCGCAGCCUGGGAGUCGGCGCCCUCCAGGAAGCCCUCGAUUAUCUGAUGGUGGAGGGUCACAUCUACCCCACGGUGGACCGGGAGCAUUUUAAAUCUGCCGAUUGA